UCAACUUUAAAAUGACCUUACAACAUACUCCCAUCUUUUUACUAUAAUUUUCCAAAUGUUUUCAAGUUGAAUUAAUCAAGAUUGCUAUCUAAAAACAUUUAUAUUGAAGUUCGACUAUUGCAUAGGUAUCUAUAGGAAAAACGCUUUUUAUCAAAGAUUAUUAAGGUCCAAGCUCUCCUUUUUCUCAAAAAUAAAUACUACUACUACCUAUUUUUACUUCUACUGAAGUCAUUGAUUGUGUUUUGCUAAGCAGAGUUAUUUAUAUCUCUACUGUUUUCUUCUCUGUUUAUAACAGUUUGGACAUUAGCAAAUUCAUAAAGAAAAUUGGUGUACAGAGUUCCAAAAGUAGCACAUAAUCUGAAAUUUCUUUUUUUUUUCCCAAUUUUAGUCAUGUCUUUUUCUGUUUCAGAGCUAAGCUUAGAUAUGUGUGUCUGUUUCCCUUCUGACUAGGGAUUUAAAAUGAACAUUUAUUGAACUUGGAAUAUGUUUUCUUGGAUAAUAAUGUUGUUUGGGGUUGUGGGGUUUCUCUGUUAUGAUAAUAGUUUCAAUAUAUUUUGAGUUCUUGAUUAUGGAGUACUUAUUUCUUCAAUUUUCAAUUUCCACUGUUUUCUUGCAUGCUUUGGAGUUUUCUGUAUUGUUUCUUAUCUUGUUGAACUAGAAAUUUUGAGAAUAUGAUCUAAAGUUGCUUUAACAUGUUUGAAUGAAGAUUGUCAAAUACAGAACAAUGAGUAUGUUGUGAAGUAGCUAAACUUUUGUAUCUGUGGUGAAGGGGAGACUCUCUUUUUUUUUGAGUUUGGUGGAUUUGCUAGACUUUGAAACAAUGGAUAUUGUUAGCAAGGAUGAUGUUGAUCCAGAAAAUAUGUUCUCAGAUUGGCAAUUAAGUGACAGUAAUCUGACAAAUGCAUCUAACCGAAUUAUCGAUUCGUUCUGUGCUAGUGUUUGGGGUAAUCCUAUUAGUUCAUCAAACUUAGGCUUCUGUGGUACAAAUAUUCAAAUGAAUCCUGGUGCUGCAAUUGGCUUGGAUCCUCUGGGAGCUAGUGUCAAUAGAAUGGUUGCUAUGGGUUGGACUCAACCAAAUGUGAUGUCGAAAGGAGGCGCGUUUAUAUCGCCUACUACUGGUAUGGUUCCUCAAAGCUUAACUCAAUUGUCAGCUGAUUCAGGUUUUAUUGAGAGAGCUACAAGAUUUUCAUGCUUCAGUGGAGGAAUAGUUGGUGAUAUGAUGAACCCUUUUGCUAUCCCUAAUUCUUCUGAUACGUAUCACAACGGACUGACCUUCGGAGAAUCACAAGAGGUAUUCGCUAGUAACGGAUUACAGUCACCUUCUACUGCAAUCAGUCAAAAGCAACAGAUGAGAAAUGCAGUUGAAAGUUCUGAUCAGGAUGUUUCUUUACCUCUUGAAUAUGAACACACAGAUAGAAGCCCCUUCAAGAAUGAGAAAAAUGUUAACUUUGCUAAGUCUCAGGAUGAAGCAAAGGAAUGUGUUGGCAUCUCUGAAAAUGAGUCUGAAUGUAGUGGACAUCAAGAAGAAGUGGAGGGUGGGGAUUCUUCUGCUAGGUGCCUUGGCUCAAGGAAAAGGAAAAGAAGUGAUCAGGAUACAGAAUUUGAUCAAAUGAAUGGAGGACAACAACAACCAGCUGAAAUGACAAAAGAGCAAAACCUGAAUUCCAUUGCCUGCAGGCCUGGUGGAAAAAAUGAGGAUCCACCUAAAGAAGACUACAUACAUAUCCGAGCUCGAAGAGGCCAGGCAACAAAUAGCCAUAGUCUUGCAGAAAGACUAAGGAGGGAGAAGAUCAGCGAACGGAUGAAAUUUCUUCAGGAUCUUGUACCUGGUUGCAACAAGGUCACUGGGAAAGCAGUAAUGCUGGAUGAAAUCAUUAAUUAUGUACAAUCUCUUCAAAGACAGGUUGAGUUCCUCUCAAUGAAGCUUGCGACUAUAAACCCGCGGUUGGAUUUUAAUAUUGAUGCGCUCCUUGCGAAAGAUAUUUUGCUUUUACGAGCGGAUCCUUCAUCCUCACUUGCUUUCGCUCCUGAUCUUACACUGCCGUAUCAGUCCUCACAUCAACUGCAACCAGGCCUGCUUCAGUCAGGUCUUCCUGGUUCGGGAAUCUCCACCGAUGCAUUUCUUAAAUCUAUCUAUCCCUAUUUAGCUGUUAUGAGUGGUGGCUACAAAGAGUCUUCAUCACAGUUACCUAAUAUAUGGGAUAUCGAUGAGCUACAUAAUGUUGUCGAGAUGGGUCUCUGCACGAGUGCAUCCCUCCAUAUUCGUGAAGGUUCUUUGCCAUCAGGCCAGAUGAAAGAAGAACCUUGAACUUGUUGUAGAUAUCAUCUGCUUGACACUUUCUGUUUGUUGGGAAGACGUCACAAGGCGCUUCAUAUGAAGAAGAGGGUGUUUAUGGUGUGCGUGACCUCCUUCUAUUCGCGAGUGCUAUGUGAUUUGGCUACCAAAGAAGUAACAACUUGUACCACGAGACACAAGUUCAUGUACAAUAUCAAAUGAGGGUUCGAGGAAAGUAUGCAUUAUCCAGACAUAUAUGCAAAGCAAAAUUGGUAUUGCAGUUUGGUCUCAAGUCUUGAAUCACUCAUGUACUUGUUACUUCUGUCUCAUCUUAUGUGAUGUACUUUAACUGAACACGACAUGCAAUGAAAAUAACUUUUACAUCUA